AUGCUGGUGGAGCUGAGGAUAGUGGUCUCAAAGGCUGCCCUCUUAUACAUGCAGGCCAGCCUAGCUCUAGAAGAGGACAUCUGUGAGAAGAUGUACAUGGAGAAGAUCAUAUGGAUAGUGAAUUUAACAGAUACCAAUGAUGAUACUAGUGAUCAAGAGAGUGGUGAAAAAGCUUCAGCCUUCUCUAGGCUUCAAGUUCAACAGAAAAAUCUCCUCAAAAGUGCCCCCAUUCCUAUGAAGAUGAAGAUGCAUGUAUCAGUCUUAAGCAGGUCAAAACUGAUGUUGAAGAAGAAGGUCAUGCAGAAGUGCAAGUCAAGUCUUCUUGUGCUGUCACAUUACAAGGACAGAAUCAUCCUCAACUCAGAGAAGGCUCUCUUGCUGAUAUAUACAUAA